AUGGUCGACGUCUCUGAGGAAUACAAACUGCAAGUCAGGCAGGCAUGCAACAGGGGCUUCUCCCUCGGUUGGAUGGCUCUUUCCAAAAAGCUCAACAUCCCAGAUGACUCGCUACUGCACAAAGCCGACGCUAUUCCUCUGUCGUUCCCCCCUCCUCCUCCAUCAAGUCAACCUGGAGGAGAAUCUGAAUCUGAGUCUGAGGAUGCCGAUGAGGCAGAGGAUGAGGCUUUGAUUACUUGUUUGCAUGCCCAACUCUGCACUCAACAACAGACCUCUGCAUUGCUCCAAUUUAAGCAACAAUUUUCCUUCAAUAAUGAUGCUUCCUACGGUUACUGUGAUUCUGUCGGAAUCCUUUCUUACCCGAAGAUGGAGUCGUGGAAGGAGGGUUCUGAUUGUUGCUCAUGGGAUGGGGUCGAGUGUGACAACAACACAAGUCAAGUAACUGGCCUCGACCUCAGUUGCAGCUGGCUCCUAGGCACCAUCCACCCCAAUAGCACCAUCUUCUACUACUUUCCUCACCUCCAAAGCCUCAACCUUGCUUUCAAUGACUUUGGCAUGUCUCGAAUCUCAUCUGAAUUUAGUCGAUUCACCAGAUUGACACACCUCAACCUCUCUGACUCUAGUUUUUCUGGCAAAGUCCCUAUAGAAGUCUCCUUUCUGAGCAAAUUGGUCUCGCUUGAUCUCUCUUACAAUCUUGGUUUGAGGUUGGAAGAACCUGGAUUUGAAUUACUUGUUCAAAACUUAACCAAGGUAAGAGAACUUAAUCUUGCACAUGUAAACAUAUCUUCAGUGGUUUCGAAUUCCUUGCUCAAUCUGACUUCUUUAACACGGUACAAUUCCAUCUUGGGUCUUCAGCUUACCAACAUUGGGGUUUCCAAGUUCAACCUUCAAACUCGAAAUUUCAGCAUAUAUUUCUCUAUACUCGAUCUGCAGAAGAAUAAUUUUUCUGGCAUUAUUCCUGAUACAUUUGCGAAGGAAAAUUCCUUCGAAACUAUCAACCUUGAUAGCAAUGGAUUUGAGGGGCCAGUACCAAAAUCUUUAGAGAAUUGCAAAAUGCUACAAGUGCUAGACCUUGGACAUAACAAGUUCUCCGAUAAAUUUCCAUAUUGGUUGGGAAAUUUAACUUCGCUACAAGUUUUAAUUUUGAGAUCUAACAAAUUCCAUGGACCUAUACCGAAUUCCAAGUUCAAAUUUCCCUUCCCCAACUUGCGAGUUAUGGAUUUAUCAAACAAUUAUUUUACUGGUCCAUUGCCAAGAAAAUAUUUCAAGAAUCUCAAUGCUAUGAUGAAUGUCGACGAAGCUAGUUUUGAAUUGCAAUACUUAGGGACGCCCAGUCAUUCAAUUGCAACAUAUUACUAUAAUGAUUGUUUGACUAUAAUAAUCAAAGGAUCAAUCAUAGAAAUGGUAAAAGUCCUAACCAUUUUCACUGCAAUUGAUUUAUCGAAAAACAAUUUCAAAGGUGAAAUUCCACAGAUCAUUGGAAAGCUAAAUUCAAUCCGAGGGCUCAACUUGUCUCACAAUAACCUUUCAGGUCAUAUACCAGCAUCUCUUGCUAAUUUGACAAUGCUCGAAUGGUUAGACCUCUCUUCCAACAAACUCACUGGGGAGAUCCCUCAACAACUAAGGAAUUUGAAAUCCCUUGAAGUCUUAAACCUUUCGCAGAAUCAACUAAUAGGACCGAUACCACAAGGCAACCAAUUUGAUACAUUUUCAAUUGAUUCCUACAUUGACAACUUGGCAUUAUGUGGACCUCCAUUGUUAAAUGCAUGCAAUCCAAGGACACCACAACCACCACCCUUGAUGUUUCAACAAGAAGACAAUACUUCAAGUGGACUCAAUUGGGAAGUCAUAUUACCAGGUUAUAUAUGUGGGCUCGUGUGGGGACUUGUUAUGGGAUAUUUUAUGUUCUCUAGAGGAAAACCUCAAUGGCUUGUGAGGAUCAUUGAAGGUGAACGAAACAAAAGCGGAAAGAGAUUUAAAAAGCACUCUCACAGGAACAGAGCAAGCUACGAUGCAUUUCAAUCUGAUAUUGGCGGUGCAGCUUUUGGAGGCAUGACGAAUUGUGGUUAA